AUGAGGAGCAGAAUAGAUUGCGACUUGCAGCAGUACAAGAUAAUACUGAGCAAAUAUUUUCAUCACUUUAGGCAAAUGUUAAUUUCCGAUGAUACUGGCGUUCAGAAGAAACUUGGCGUUACUCGGCACGAUAAAGCCGAAGAUAGAGCUAAAAUGGAUUUGUUAAAGAUCACUCUUGUAUUUUUGACAUUCGCCGGAUGCUGGCGACCAGUGUCAUGGACGUCUUUGUACAAGUACAGACUCUACGAUAUUUACACGAUAAUACUGAUGCUUUUAUUGUACACAUUCGCGAUUUCCCAAUUCAUGGACAUUGUGUUAAACGGCGGCAAUCCCGAGGAAUUUACUAGCGUUUUAUACAUAAUGAUGACUGUCUGUGUCGCUUCUUUUAAGAUAUCCAAUAUAUUCAUGAAUCGUAGAAAUGUAGUGGAGAUUAUUAAUACUCUCACCGACAAACCGUUUAAACCGAUGGUAACCGGCGAAAUAAAAAUUCGCCAAAAUUUCGACAAAAUGAUACAGUAA